AGAUGCUUGGCGAGCCAAACUGACCAUAGCAGCUCCAGGCCAGUGGCAUCUCUCUGGGAGUCCUCCCCAGGAGCGCAACCCGCACUGUCUCCUCGUAGGAGCCCAGCGUUUCCUCGACUUUGAGAGGCGUCUCUCCCCAGCCCGACCGUCCAGAUGCGUUUUCGCCUCUUCUCUUUUGCCCUCAUCAUUCUGAACUGUAUGGAUUACAGCCAGUGCCAAGGCAACCGAUGGAGACGCAAUAAGCGAGCUAGUUAUGUAUCAAAUCCCAUUUGCAAGGGUUGUUUGUCUUGUUCAAAGGACAAUGGGUGCAGCCGAUGUCAACAGAAGCUGUUCUUCUUCCUUCGAAGAGAAGGGAUGCGCCAGUACGGAGAGUGCCUGCAUUCCUGCCCAUCAGGGUACUAUGGACAUCGAGCUCCAGAUAUGAACAGAUGUGCAAGAUGCAGAAUAGAAAACUGUGACUCUUGCUUUAGCAAAGAUUUUUGUACCAAGUGCAAAGUAGGCUUUUAUUUGCAUAGAGGCCGCUGCUUUGAUGAAUGCCCAGAUGGUUUUGCACCAUUAGACGAGAGCAUGGAAUGUGUAGAAGGAUGUGAGGUCGGUCACUGGAGUGAAUGGGGAACGUGUAGCAGAAACAACCGCACGUGUGGAUUUAAAUGGGGUCUGGAAACCAGAACACGGCAGAUUGUUAAAAAACCAGCAAAAGACACAAUACCAUGUCCAACUAUUGCUGAAUCCAGGCGAUGCAAGAUGGCCAUGAGGCACUGUCCAGGAGGAAAGAGAACGCCAAAGGCCAAGGAGAAGAGAAACAAGAAGAAGAGGAGGAAGUUGACUGAAAGAGCUCAAGAGCAGCACAGCGUCUUCCUAUCUACAGACAGAGCUAACCAAUAAAAUAUAGGCAAUAUCUGGGGGAUGUUGAGAGGGGAUUUUGUUGUUGCUGUUGUUUAUAUUGCAAACGUGCACAAAGCUACUCUCGAAUCCACACUGGUGGACAGCGUUCCUGCCGCUCCGACCAGUCUCCUUUUCCGGUAACACUGCAAAGGGAAGUGCCCAAGCAUGAACUCUGAGUUAUUUAUGAUUUGAUUUGAAUCUGGAACCUUGUGAUAGUGGGAGCGUGUUGACCUCAUCUGUGGGAGCUGAUGCAUGUACACUCCUGUGAUGAACACCCUGUGUCCUCAGAAUCUUCCCCUGGCACGGUGAGCCUACAGGAGGCAUGUGGCUGUAGAUCACCACCAAAGAACAUACCUGCGCCUACUUUCCUGCAAGAACAUGCAGAAGUGGGCAAGCGCUGUUCACUUGUGACCUUUGUUUCUCACACUGUGCAUUGUCAAAGACAAGUGUGAGUGGAAAUAAUGCUUAGUGUCACCCACCGCACCCAUGUUCUCAUCAUGGGUGACCUUCCAGUGAUCUUGUGAUGAGACUGCUUUUUAGCUAGGGGUGUUCUGUGGAAAUUCCUACUCUACUUCAGCCUAGUGCUAACAUGUCCAGGUUCUGCUAAGCUCCAUACAAAGCUCCAUACUGUAUAUUUAUGCUUUCUGUGUGUAACAAGUCAUACCUGAUGGACAAGAUGCCACUUUGUUUCAAGUGGUUCUCAACCAUGGUUUGGUACAUGGUUGUUCCAGUUUUGAGAAUUGACAAAUGUUUUGUUGCCGUUUGGUUUCUUCUGUUUGUAUUAUUUUUGGUGGGGGUGGGGUGGGCUUGUUUCUAAUUGUAAGUUUAGGAUAAGCUAGUUUGUACAUAGAGUCAAAUGACUGAUGUCAGUUUCCAUGCAGAUAGAAUUUCCCAAGUUCAUCACACACACACACACACACACACACACACACAGGGUAAGCAGCAUGCAGCAUCUUGCCAUCAGAAACCAAAC